CAUUCAUUUUAUUGUUCCUUUUGUUUAGUGAUUCAUUUAUUUGGGAAACAUUUUAUAAUUUAAUUAGUAUUUAAAAAAAACGAAGUUAUAGAUACUAAUCACCAUAUAGAGAUGAGAGUAUAUAUGUAUAUUUUCAGAAAUUUUAAUCAGUAUGGAUUUAAAUUUUUUUGAUGAAGAAUUUAGCUAUCAAGCUCAUUUGUAUUUCAAAAUGAUGUUCUCUAUAUAUAAAAACCUGCUUUGAUUUCACCAGAAAUGUGAAUUGUUCGUUAAUUAUUUUCGAACGACCGUUCAGAAUUUGAAGGUUCAAUAGAAAAUUAUUAUUUUUCCUAGUUACUUAUUCAGUCGCUUGCAGAGCAGUAAUAAGUGUUGUGAUAUCCUUAAGUUUGAUACUUGUUCAACGUUCACAAUGUAUCUUUCAUAGUGUUAUUUGGACGCCACUGUUAAUUUAAUGAAUCAUACUAUAUAUCAUUGAUUCCAAUUUGACAGUAGAUCUUCGAUAACAUAAUCUUCAGUUAAUGAAAUUAGAUGUUGUGAACUUCUUCGGUGCAUCAAAAUGAAAAAUAUACACAAAUUAUUUUGGACAGCUCUGAGUGUACUUUCUGCUAUUUUGAUUUUCUAUAGAUCUUCGAAAAAUAAUGUGUGCAAAUCGUAUUCAGACUAUUUUUUUAUUCACACCAGUGAGAAUUGUUGGCAUGAAGUUGGAGUAUAUGCAGAAGUGCCCCAAAUAGUUUUACAAAGGAAUCACACUUUAGAGACUUAUUAUAGUGUAACUGAAGAUGGAUUUUUCCUUAGAACAUUCAGACUAUUACCGAAAGGAAAACCAAAAGGAGUCAUUUUUUUGGAGCAUUCUUUCAUUGCUAAUUCUGAAAUAUGGAUUGAUAUUGGAGAUCAGUCACUAGGUUUCUAUUUAUUGAAUGAGGGUUAUGAAAUUUGGCUAGGGAAUAUGAGAGGAUCUAAAUAUUCAAACACCCAUGAAAAAUAUACAACAUCAGACUUCGAAUUUUGGGAUUGGAGUUUUCACGAACAGGGGGUUUAUGAUAUAAGUUCGCAGUUAGAUGUAGUUAAGAAAAUAACCAACCGAAGUGAUAUCAUUUUCAUCAGCUACUCAAUGGGAGGAACAUCAUCAAUUGUUUACGCUAGUUUGAGACCAGAGCACGCCAAAAAAUCCGUAAAAGCCAUGAUACACUUUGCUCCUAUAGUUUAUCUUUCUCACUUGAAAGGCUUUGGAGCUAUUUUGAGCAAUUGGACAACGAAAAGCAGAUUUUGGGACAUGCUUAACUGGCUAAGAAUAGGGUGGCUUCCCCAUGGCCCAGUUCUGAACUACAUGAAAUCCAUAGUUUGUAAUUCGCAUCCACUGAAGUUCCUCUGUUUGAAAGCCAACGAAGUAUUGAUUGGACAAUCGAAAACAGAAAUAGAUCCUAUAGCCGCACCUACAAUAAUAGAAAAAUUUCCUGAUGCAAGUUCAACGAAAUCCAUUCACCAUUUCACCCAAAUUCACCAGGCUGGGGGUAAAUUAAGGCAAUACGAUUAUGGUUAUGAUGGGAAUAGGAAAAUGUAUAAUGCUACUAUUCCACCUUUGUAUCCUCUGGAAAAUAUUAGGAUUCCAUUCUUUAUGUACCAUGGAAGUGAAGAUUCCUUCACAGAUCUUAAGGAUAUAGAAAGCUUUUACGAGGACCUACCACCGGAAGCAAAAAUGCAUGGUCAUAAGCAAGUUGAUAAUUACAAUCAUUUUGAUUUGAUGUUUGGUAAACACAGAGAAAGAGAUAUUUAUAAACACCUUUUAAAACUACUUCGAAGUAUAUUGUGAAUGAUUUCAUAGAAUUGUUUUUUUAUAUUUGAGAUUUGUACAAAUAAAUGAGUUUGAUAGUAUUAAGUUAAUGUUAACUUUGUCAAGCAGCUUCAGCCGAUAUGAUUGUUUUAUCGGAAGUGUAAUUAAUAAAUAAAUUUUUAUCAGAACUAGAA